AUGGAAUUUGUCAUGAACGGCGGCCGGCGAGUAGGAGGUUUCAUCUCGAAUCUCGACAAGUUCGCGUCGAUCGAAUCUCCAGGUUCAAUCCCCCGGCGACCAGGGAUUCUGAGCGGAACCGUGUCUAACGAGCUGAUCGAAUCACCUGAUGAAUACCCUGCUACCGUUAAUACGCUUCUGAAAACGAAGCGAUCGAUUCGAUUCGCUCAGGAUGUUGAUAAAGAUGAAUACAAGCACCUAACUCAAGCGGAAAAACACACGAUUAUCCAGUUGGGGAGAUUCUGUGCUCUGCUAGGCCGUCCUAUCGGCAGCGUCUGCAUACCGUUGAAAAUCGUCGAUGGACACCUCUGCGAACUUGACAAUCCAGCCUUGCCGGAUCAACAAGUGGCCAAGGCCGGUAGCGUAUCACUCUCGGACGUCUUGGAAAAGCAUCGGCUACCGUCCAAGGUAAAGAUUGCUUUGGCAUACACACUUGCCAAAGCCGUAUGGCGAUACUACAAUUCAGACUUUAUGAGGACUCCAUGGACAACCGAGUCUGUCCACUUCAUGCGAGAAGACAGACGCAACAUUUCACAGGAUGAGAUAAACCCGGCUAAUCCUUGCUUUGCAUUCAGACCCUUCGUGCCAGAAGAACCUGAGCCCGCUGAGUACUGUGACUUCCGACAUGUCUACCACCGCUAUCCCAGGGUUCUCGCCCUCGGUGUUCUUCUCGUUGCCAUAGUCGAGAACCAAGUGCCCCGAAGCCAUCCCGAGGGGUCGUCUACAGAGGAACGAAUGAACGACGACUUGAUGACAUGUCGAGACAUUGCCAAGGGCAAAGAUUGGCCAAACUUGGGUCUACAAAGCGAGGAGGCAAGCUUGAUCUAUAGAGAUGCCGUUGACAAAUGCCUUGACCCAGAUCUUUUCCAUGUCCCCUCGUCUAACGGUGACGAGGAUCAGGCAGGGAUCAGACAGAGAAGAAACGCAUUAUAUACGCACGUCGUUCUCCCACUGGAGGGUUUAUGCGAGGACUGUGGAAUUAUCGACAAGCAAGAUAUCGGCCGACUCAUCUAUUCGCGACCUGUCCAACCCAAGAUACCGCCUACCCCGACAUUUCUAGCCACUCCAAGUCAGCACAUCAACCACUCGCAGGCAUGGAUCCAGAACUUAGCGGAAAGCUUCGUUUCAAAGAACAUUGUGAAACAAUACAGAUUAGACAGCUCCUUGUCGCGCGUCCGAAUCGCCAUUCUUGAUACUGGAUAUGAUUCCAAGACGCAGUUUUUCCAACCACCUUCUCGCAAGAAGCGAAUCGUCCAUUGGAAGGACUUUACUGGCAGGCAAGACGAACAUGUGGACUGUGACGGACACGGUACGCACGUAUUGUCUCUGGCCAUGAAGAUUGCACCAGGAGCAGAGAUAUGUGUGGCCCGCGUUGCAAACAGCGCAAAUGAUCUGACGCACUCAGCAUCCCGAAUUGCGGACGCCAUCAAGUGGGCAACUGACCCCCUGCAAGGGAAUGCAGACAUCGUGUCCAUGUCGUUUGGGUUCCCAGAAGAACCCUAUGUAGAGGGAAGACCAGCCAUAAGCAAUGCUAUUCACAGAGCAAUGCAUGACCGAGACGGCCGGGUCCUUUUCUUCGCGGCCACAGCAAAUGAUGGAGCAAAUCAGACAGAAAUGUUCCCAGCUCGGCACCCCAACGUCAUAUCCAUCCGAGCAACUGACCAUAAAGGUGCUUUCCAGGAGUUUAACCCUGCUGCGGAUUACUCUGGGGCACAUGUCUUUGGCACACUGGGGACAGACGUUCCUGGAGCUGGGCUGAGCACGCACGACGGGGAGGUUUACGAGACGGGCGUGUCAAUGGCAACUCCUAUAGCAGCUGGAAUUGCGGCCAUGGUAUUGAUGGAUGUGCGCCUCGGUCAUUUACUUGGGCAGUUCGGCCCAGAACUGCUGAUAGAGAAGCUCUGGAAAAAGAACGGCAUGGACUCGGUGCUCAGAAAGCUAUCCAGACAAGUACGGGAGAAACACUACUACAUUUACCCGCAUGAUUUCUUUAGGGGGGAGAAAAGAGACACAGAACGGAAUGCUCUUAUAAUAGACGCACUGAGGCUUUCUUAG